AUGAAACACACACCACCUUACCUCUCCAUGUGUUGCUUGCCCCUCCUGCUCGCCUCCGCUGGCGGGCUGGUGGUCCUGCCGGGCGGGCUGGCCGUGGCGCCCUCCAGCGCCGCGCCGGCGCCCUCGAGCCAGGGCGCCCUCGGCGGAGCAGGGCGCGAGCUGGCCCCGGACGGCGGCCCUGGCGCGCGCCGCGCCGGGCGCAGGACACUGGGGCAGUGGCGGUGGCUGGUCGGCGCGACGUCGGUGGUGCUCGCCCUCGCCCUGGCGGUGGUGCAGGCUGCGCUCUUCUGCGCCCCGGCCUGGCCCUCCGAGCCGGGCCCGAGCGAGCAGGCCCGGGGCAGGAGGUUGCCGUGCUGCGGCCGCCGGCCAGGCUCCCGCUCCGCAGCGGCCGCGGCGGCCUCGUCCGGGAGCCUCGCCAGCGCCUCGGAGGCGCUCUCCAACAGCCUCGCCGCCGCCUCGGAGGGGUCGCUGAUGCGGGGCGACCGGGCGGCUGCCGCGCUCUGCGCGGAGCUGGUGGUGCCCGACGGAUGCACGCUCCACUGCGGAGUCCCAGAGGCUGUGUGCCACAAGCGGCAGAACACGGUUGUGAGCGUGCACAGUCUAACGGUGCCCGGCGGGACGUCGCUAUUCCAGGCCCGCUUGGCAGAGUGCGACCUGGCGGACGUCUCGGGGGUGGGCAUCCACCUGGAAACCCUGGGCGGCGGUAAGAAGUUUGCUUUCCUGUCUACGCAGGCGAUCUGGGCCGCUCCGCGGGACCGCCAUUGUGAGAUGGAAAUCGUGAAGGCCUCUGGGGCGAAGUUCGCGACGAUCAUGAAGACCAAAUCUGGGGUUUACACCAUCGCGCGCGGAGCGGAUACGCUGAUAGUCUUCAGGGGCAAUUUCGCCAAGCACGAUGUGCAGGUGUACAGCUCCCUGGGCCAAAGAGUCGCCAAGGUGGGUCCCGGCGAUGGCAUGUACGAAGUGGUGGUCUACACGAGCGUAGACGCUGGGUUGGUCAUUCUUGGCUUGCUCGCGAUCGACAAGAUGGAGAUUAUGCCGACCUAG